UGAGAGCAUCGAGAGGUUGGUGGAGGUGAGGAGUGAGAAGAUGGAUUUGGAGUCGCUGCAGAGAUGCAUCAAGAUUCUCAACGCCGUCGCCGACUCUACCAAUAACGAUUCAUCAUCAUCUUGUCGGAAGACCAACUCGUACAUCUCAGCCUGCGCGCAUCUCUACUUAUCCAUCGUCUAUAAAAUUGGUAAGAACGACAAGAUUUCAGCUCGGAAUCUGCUGCAGGUUUUCUGCGACGCGCCCUUCUUGCUCGGACGCGUCUGCUGCCCCAACUCUGGGAGCAUUUCUUUCUGCCCCAUCUUCUUCACCUCAAGAUAUGGUACAGCAACGAGCUCGCAGGUUGUGUCAAUGAUGCCCACAAAGACAAGAAGAUCAAAGGUUUGAACCAGUUGUAUCGUCAACAAAUGGAUGCCGGCACACUUGAGUUUGCUUUGUACUACAAAGAGUGGCUCAAAGUUGGAGCUCAAGCCCCUUCCCUUCCUACUGUCGCCUUGCCUUCCAAAUCCAAAUCCAACUCCAAAUCAAGAAGGAAAUCAUCCGAGUCUUCCACUUCCCAUCACUCCUCCAGUAGCAAACUGCUGUGAGUCUUCCAUUCUUUGGCUUUUUCUUCACCACAAAACUGAGUUUAUGUUUUGCUAAUAGGUAUCAAGCAGUUUUUGGUGCAAAUGCAACGAACCAAUCAAUGGACUUUGAUGAUCAAAAUGGAUCUUCAAAAAGUGUAUGGGAUUCUGAGGCCGAAGAUGUCAAGCAUUACAAUUAUAUCCAACAGAAGAAAGCGGUUUCUCACAGAAGAUCAUCCAGUCUAAAUCACCAAGUGCACAAGGCAGAGUUGUGGCCAGACUCCCACAAAUCAGAUUAUUUCAGAUUCUUAGGAUGUCGGACAGAACCAGCAGAGUGUUUCGUGUCCAAAAUUGAGAAAAUCGAGGUUGGUGAGGAUGAGUCGAGUGAUGUGGCAGGCGCCAUUGCAACGGUGUGCUCAUCAGAGAGCUUAACCGAGUGCGAGGGUGCAGUUCGUGCAGUGAGCAAAGCUUGGCUGAGUGGUGACGGGGACACCCGUGCACAGCUGGGAGGGCUUGCUAUCUCGAGCUGCAGUGAUACAAGGGAUACUGGAAGUUGUGUACGUGUCGAAUGAUGAUGAGAUCUUGGAGCUAGCAGUGUCGAUUCUGGCAGAAAUGGCGGCCAAGAAUGAGGCGAACAGGCGCUGCAUUUUAGCCUCUGAUCCGCAGCUUGCAGUGACAAUGAGGCUGCUGAGAAGCAGCAGCCUGUUCUUGAAAGCUGCAGCUCUGCUUUACUUGGUGAAGCCCAAGGCGAAGCAGAUGGUGUCGAUGGAGUGGAUUCCGUUAGUGCUCCGAGUUUUGGAGUUUGGUGAUCAGCUGCAGAUACUCCUUCACUGUGAAGUGCAGCCCUCACGAGGCAGCUUAUUACUUCCUCAACGAGCUCCUAACGGGGUUUGACGAGGACAAGAAUUUUGAGAACGCGAAGCAGAUCAUUUCUCUCGGAGGAUUAGGCCUGCUGGUGAGAAGGAUGGAUGUGGGGGACAUGCCUGAGAAGACCCGGGCUGCAUCUGUUCUUCGUCUCUGCAUACGAGCAGACGGAAGCUGUCGCCACUUCUUGGUCAAGAACGUCAAGAGAGACGCGAUUCUAAGCCUAUUAGUCCUUGAGCAGUGGCAGGGGCAAGGGCAAGGGCAUGCUCUGGCUUUGCUGUAUGAGUUGCUAUGUGUUAGCAGGAGACACAAGAGGAUAGAGUUGUUGAGUGGACUCAAGGAGGGGUGGAAGUGGUUGAACACCCUCCAGAUUCUGCUGCUGCGCCUCCACAAGGCGCGACCAGAAGAGAGGCCCAUGGUUGCUGUGGUAUUGCUGGAGCUAGACCUUUUUGUGGGCGAUGCAUCCGAGUGCAGCGUCUACAGAGAAGAUGCAGUGGAUGCAAUCAUCGAGGCGCUGGAUUGCUGCGUGAUGGAUGAAAGAAUACAGCAGCAAGUAGCAAGAGCCCUCUUGAUUCUAGGGGGUCGCUUUUCCUACACGGGAGAGGAGGAAGUGGAGAGAUGGCUCUUGAGAAAGGCAGAAAUCAGAGAAAGCUGCAUCCCCUCGCAGAACGAGGAUGAGAAAAUGAGACGAGAGUGGCAGAGGAAAGCGGCAUUAGUCCUGCUUACAAGCGGAAACACAAGGUUGCUUUCUGCUCUAUCCGACUCCCUUGCCAACAGCAUCCCAAGUCUGGCUCGAGCUUGCCUCAUUACAAUCGGCUGGAUCAGCCAUUCGCUUGCUGAUACAGAUCUUCGCCUUGCAGCAUGCUCCAUUAUCGCCCCGCGCUUGAUGGAAUGCCUCGUAGACAACACCAACAACCUUGAGGAAAAGAUUCUGGCCUCAUUUUCAUUACAUAGUCUUACAAAUGGUACAGGUAUGGCAACGUCAUUCUUCACAGAAUCACAUGCACGUGGUGAACUAAUAUUUUCCUCACAAAAUUUGUAUCCAGAUUAUUUUUCGCAGCAGCUCAGAGUUGAGAACAACUUCCUGGGCUGCCUGCAGAAGCUAUCUAGAGCGACAUGGACAGCAAAGGAGCUCAUCUCUCUCAUCAAGACCAGUUGUUCAUCAUCUCUGGGGUUUCUCUCUGACUAAAUCUUGUCUUAGAUUCUGAGUGUAAGUAGCCAAUUUGAGUUCUUGUAUAUAAUGAUCUUUUCAUAGAGUAUUUGCUAAUUUUUCUUGA